UUCACUGAAGGACAUUCCAGCUGAUUUCAGAAAUAACUCAGGCUCUGUUAUAACUCCAAACCCAACAUUUUCCCGAGAAAAUGUCCCAGCUGAAGCCAAUGUCCCUCCUCGACAACAUUCCCUCAACUCCAGGAAAAUUCAAGAUAGACAAAGCCCCCUACAUUCACAGACUCCGCUGGCACUCAUCGCUCGCCAAGCUGACCUUCUGGUCCUUUGUGUUCCUGGGCUUGAUCUUGCUCUUCUUCUUCUGAUCCCCAUCUUCUUCACCUCAAUCAUUCGAUCCUUCUCACCGUUCUCUCAGGACCUACAACUGGGGUGGACCCGCCUGGGAAAAACGCGUCCGCUCCUCCGCCUGACUUCGCUCACGUAACGGCAUGUCGGUGCUGGUAACGGGAGCUACUGGGUUCGUCGGAACCCAUGUAUCCACCACUCUCAAGCGCCGCGGAGACGGCGUGCUCGGCCUCGACAAUUUCAACGACUACUACGAUCCGUUAUUGAAACGAGCUCGCCAAGCGCUUUUGGAGCACACUGGCGUGUUCAUUGUUGAAGGAGACAUCAACGAUUCAACGCUAUUGAGUAAGCUUUUCGAAGUCGUUGCAUUUACCCAUGUGAUGCAUUUGGCUGCUCAAGCUGGAGUGAGGUAUGCCAUGGAAAAUCCUGGCUCUUACGUGCAUAGUAACAUUGCUGGUCUUGUUAGUCUUUUAGAGGUUUGUAAAUCUGUGAAUCCACAACCCGCAAUUGUGUGGGUGUCUUCCAGUUCAGUUUAUGGACUUAAUACUAAGGUACCCUUUUCGGAAAGAGACCGGACUGACCAGCCUGCUAGCCUGUAUGCAGUUACUAAGAAGGCCGGUGAAGAAAUUGCGUGGGGGAGACCCGCUUCGAUGUAGAGGAGGAGAUCCGCGCCGAAGAAGAUGAACAGCUUCGAUGGAAAGGAGGACGUGACCCGCGUCGGAGAAGGUGAACAACUUCGAUGGAGAGAGGACGUGACCCGCGACUUCUCAGGUGACCGGUGUUCUCAGGUGGCCAGUGUUCUCAGAUGAAGAUAAAACUCGGAUGUUGAGCGAGAAGAGUUCGGAGAAGUUCUGAAAUUACACUAUUAGGGAAUGCUUUGGUGUAGACAAGUGCAUCCGGGUCAAUAUGAAUUACACACGUGGCCGGUCAUAAUUGGAGGGCUGUUAU